AUGCCCGCCAACGAGGACCUGAUCCGCGUGACCGCCUUCAUCUACCGCAAACCAGGCAUCAGCGAGGCCGAGUUCCACCACUACUGGGCCGAGAUCCACGGGCCGAAAAUGCUAGAGCUGUCUGUGAAGUAUGGGGUGGUGGAGUAUCGACAGUACCAUACCACCCCCCAGGCCAAGGCGAUGCUAGACGCCGCCACCAAAGCCACAGGGAAGGAAUGUCACGCCUGUGACGGCACGGCUGAGAUGUUUGUCAAGGACAUCAAGGCCUAUUUGAGCAUGACGGCCGACCGGGAGUUUGUCGAGGCCAUCGUGCCCGACCAGUUGAGAUUCAUGGAUCUGGACAGGCUGGAGUUUACGGUGGGCUAUGAAUAUGGAGUCAUUGCUGGCUCGGAGAGGGUCACUGAGCAUACUAGACGGUAUUAA